AUGCCGAUAGCCCUCGGGCAGACCAUUACGGUCGUAAAUAAGUCGGGCAAAGUCGUCAGCACAAGCAAGCACCUCGUCAGCGUCUUCAAGGAAGCCAAAUCCGCCUACCGCGAACGAAAAGCCGAGAUCAAAGCGGUGCGCAAUGCUGAGUACGAAGAGAAGAAGGCGCGGAAGGCGCUAAAGGCCCUCGACGUCAACGAUGACACCCAUUCGCGAACCUCGUCGAAGGCGUCCAAGACAACAAGCCGCAGCAGAUCAAGGCGCGAGAAGCCGCCGGUCGAGCGGGGGUACAGCGACAGCUUCUACGCCAACGACGGAAGCCGAGCACAACGACCCUCGCGACUGCGACACGAGCUAGACGUCGAUAGGGAGACAGGAAGGACACAACGCCUUGAGCUCACACGACGACACACGGAAGGUGAUGCUCCGCUCACGCCAUCAUACCGCACGACGCGGUCGCACUCAGAACCGGGCAUCGACAUGAACCUAGCAUAUGGCGAGCUGCCCCCUCCGCUGCCCGUUAAGCGAUACCAAGAAGAGACAGAACUGCGCGAAAAGAUGUCAGCCCUUACGAUGCUGCUCGACGAAGCGAACUGCGUCCAAUACUCCGUGACCGCCAUAAUCGAGAAUCUGCAGAAGAAUCCGGAAGCGCUGGCCGCGGUGGCGCUCACACUGGCGGAGAUAAGCAACCUGGCGGGCAAGAUGGCGCCCGGUGUUCUGGCGGCUAUGAAGGGUAGCUUCCCUGCUGUGAUCGCGCUGUUGGCCAGUCCGCAGUUUUUGAUUGCCGCUGGUGUGGGAGUUGGAGUGACUAUUGUCGCGCUGGGCGGAUACAAGAUCAUUAAGAAGAUCAAAGAGAAGAGGGAGGGCGAUCUGGAGGAGCCGAUGCGUGGCGAAGAGUUGCAAGAGAUUGACACAGACGUCAGCAGGAUCGAGCUGUGGCGGCGCGGCAUCGCUGAUGUCGAAGCUCAUAGCGCUGGCACCAGCGUGGAUGGAGAGUUUAUCACGCCACACGCUUCUCGACAGUUGAUCGACGAAGGCGUGCUCCGAGAGGACGACCUCAAGUCAACGAAGAGCAAAAGCAAGAGCAAAAGCAAAAGCAAAGACCCGAAGCCGGCAAAGAGCUCCAAGAGCUCAAAGUCAACCAAGGAGGAGAAGAAGCCCAAAAAGAAGGAGCUGUCAGGCUUGAAGAUGCUGUUCCAACAUCACUCGCACUCCCACUGA